AUGGUCUCGGAUACUCUGGGAUUGCCAGAGGUCUUCGAGUACCCCAAAAGCAUGCGUUCAGUUGCAGCUGGUUCGGUGGGUCCCGGCUUCCUUGACGCCCCCCGUGCCAACUGGGCCAACGGCCAUGCGCGGAGGUUAGGUAGCAAGAUUGCUGCUACCGCGGCAACCUCAAAAGAGUUACUGGUCAGCGCAAUGACGAAGAUCGGUGAGGGCAGUAGCCGCCUUUGGCGGACAGGCUUGCCACCACUCCCGCCAGGACUUCAUGAACGACCAGAGGGCGUGGUUGAGGUUUCGUUGCCUUCUUCCCAAACCGAGCAGCUUGAGCGCCUGCGAGAUCUGGGCAGAACAAUGCAGGGUGGGAGUAUUUUAGUACUUGGCCGCAGGCGCUUGUAUCCGGUGCGACCGCAGCAUCAGGCCAUUGGCCAAGUCAGCGCAGCUUCAUGUGAGGCUGCUUUGGAUGCGCUCGCAAGUUCCAUCUGUCAAGAGCUUCUGGACGAAGGGUACGGUCUCGAUGACAAAGGAGUCGCAGUGCCGUUGCUUCAACGGCGCGGUACACUGGGGGUGUCUGGUGAUUUCGACAACUUCGACGGGACACCCGAUCCGGACUAUCUCAAGAGGCACAAGAUGAAUGAGGAGGCCCUCCGCAAGCUCGCAACAGAGUGUGCGGUCAACAUUGCGGUAAGCCCUGGCAUGCAGCUGGUCGCCGAGUGCGGACUCGAUCCCGUUCUGUAUCAACCCACCUUCGUGGUGUGCAUUGGCGGAGGACAGUUGCGAGUUCUGACCUUUGCCUUCGUCGGGGGGCCAGUAUCUGGCGACCGCCCUGACCGGAAGCGAACGCCAUUUGCUAUCAGACUUGCGACUGAUGACCUGGUGGCGCUUAGUCGCACGCAGGCUUCCAAAAAAGUUUCGAAGCUCCGCUAUGCGGCCCACGCCGUCGACCCAGCAGUCCAGACAAGUCUGGACAUGAUUGUUAUCCUCGAGGAGGAGCUGUUCCAAGCAAACGAGGUGGGUGAUUGGGAGAAGCUGGCUGCAGUGGGUACGACGGAGCCUUCUGCCGAUGAAGUGGCUGACAAGCGUAUUCGGAUGGAAAGCGAGAGCUGGGUGGUACACACUGACCUUGGUGAAGGCUACACGGGUCCUUUGGCUCACGCGCCAGCUCACAGUGCGCAGUACCCUGGGUUGCCAUCACCGCCGAGUUCACGUCGAUUUAGCUGGCUGCUGCGCAGACUCGCAGUAAAGGAAGAGCCUGCAGACAGUGCCGGUGGUGCAUUUGGGAGUGUGCCCGGCACCAAUGGAUUGUGA